AUGAAUCUCCGCUAUCGUCUUCCCAACAGUUCAGUCGGAGUAACAACGACCAAUGUGGUGUUUCCUGAACCCCCGAUGUAUACUCAGGAGCAGGUAGACCGAUACAGGCGACAACGAGAUCUCGAAGAUGCCCUACAUGCUACAAUGAACACCCAGGCAUUCAAUGACCUCCCGGACCAGGUAGACUAUGUUGUCCCACCGAGACCAGCGACACCAGAUUCACCGGUGCCAGGAGAUGUGCUGGCCAUAGUCAGGGGCGAAGCAGAGUUUAUGGACGCUCCUGAUACUAAUGUGGCCUCAACAAUAACGAAACCGAAGCCUGCCAGUCCUCCGGCUGCGCCCACUGCCUUCGGUGGUGCUGCCUCAUCGGGUAAAACCGAUGCGGGUGGUGCUGCUGGUGUGGGGGGCGUCUCCGGAGGAAUGGAUCUGCCUGCCCUCAUGGAAUCCACGGUGCAGUUUGUAAGGGAUGUGCGACAGGUUGGACCGCAGCACCUGGACUGUGGGAGGGAUCGUAUGCCUCCCUGUCUGGGUGCUCCCGGUCCUAACGAGUACCCUCGUGACCUGUGGCCUCCCUUCAUUGUGUAUCUGUGGGUGAAGAGAGGGCCGGUGGAGGGAUUGGCGGAGGUUAUUGUUGACCUCCACCUAAGACAUAGCCUGUCGGGAAAGAAAUUCUCGGACAAUGAGGAUGGGUCCCAGGUUUGUGCGCGACGAGACCAGAGGGUUCCCUGGAAAGGUCGUGGCGCGCCUUUCAGUUGGGCUAGGAACGUGACCAUUCUCGUGUCUUCACGGGAAGGGGCACGUCCGAAACCCUUGAUCUGUGGGC